AUGGCCGCCGCCUCCAAGAAAUGCAGGACCCGGCUCCCCUUUGUGGGCGGGGACGUCUCCCUGCAUCCUGAGCGGUUAUCACGCUGCCAGGGGACCGGGACGGCCCGUAUCGUCCAAGGAGCAGUGUGGAAUGAUGAACCAACCUCGGUUCCUCCGAAGGCAAAUGCCACCUUAGGGGAUGGGACAUGGAGCCCAGCCUCAGCAGCACCUCUGCUCUGUGGAACCUGCUGGCUUCCUCUUCUCCACUGUGCCCAGUGCAUGUUUGCCUCGCAGACUGAGGGGGAGCUCAAAGUGACCCGAAUUCUCAAAGAAAAGUUUCCUCGAGCUACAGCUAUCAAAGUCACUGACAUUUCAGGAGGCUGUGGGGCAAUGUAUGAAAUUCAAAUCAAAUCGGAAGAAUUUAAGGAGAAGAAAACUGUCCAGCAGCACCAGAUGGUACAUCAGGCACUAAAAGAAGAAAUCAAAUGUAUGCAUGGAUUGCGGAUAUUUACCUCUGUCCCCAAACACUGACCACGCCCUGGCUGCAUAGAUAUUGCUGCU